AUGGUUAUACAGAAGAAGAUGAGCGAAGGCAAGAAAACUAGAGGCCGACAAAGGAUAGAAAUCAAGGAACUGGCGGAGGAAAGCAAAAAACAGGUAACUUUCUCGAAGCGCCGUGCUGGCCUUUUCAAGAAAGCCGGCGAGCUUUGUGUCGUGUGCGGCUUGGAAGUGGCCAUCAUCGUGUUCUCUCCGCAUAACAACAACCUCAGUAACGUUAAUAAUGUGGCUGCAGCGGAGUUCAUGAACAGACAAUAUGCAGAGGCGCAGGAGGAGUUGGAAAGGGAGAAGAAGCAGCUAGCGGAGAUAGAGGAGGAGGUGAAGAGGAAGAAGAUGGAGAACAAUGGGGAGUACUUGUGGAGGGAGGAGGCGGUGCAUGAGAAUAUGGAGUUGGAAGAGAUGGAGCACUACAUGAGUGCUUUGCAUUGUUUGCAAGAGAUGCGAUGGAAAGUGAGGAGCAGGCUUGAACAAUUUAGGAUGAUGAGAUCUGCUACCGAUUCUUGCGCCUGUGAUUGGGGAACUAUGUUGCUUUAA